CAAAAGCCCGUUAUAAUCAAUCAGUCGAUUUUAUUGCGAAACUUCAAAAAUUUAUCGGCGACUUAUGAUUUUAAAACUAUGACGGCUCAAAGAUUAUAACUACGCCAUUUCACCUCCACCAACAUCCUAUACAAGGUGCUUAAUGAAUUAAGUUGUGUCUGAUUUAAUUAGACGUGCCUAUAAACACAUAUACAUUUGACAUAAAAAAAAAACCCCCAAGGAAAAGAAAAACGAAAAUUAUGGCAUCGCCCUAUAGCCCGCGAAGCGUUGCCGACGCUACGCGAUUUACUUCUAAUACCCCCCAUGCGAAUGCGAAAGCCCCAUUACGAACUCCUCUACAAAGCGGCUCUUCCGCAUCUACUACUUCCUCACAGCCAGCCAGAAGCAUGCCAUCGCCCGGCAUGCCCCGACCGUCGGCGCCGGAGACCAUGGAAGAGCGUGUGCGCCGGUUGCGGGCCGCACAUCUUGCGGCGAGGAAGCAUGAGACGUCGCGGUUCGACCGUAUCGUCGAUGCAUCUAGGAGGUACUUUGAUGCUGCUCACAAGUUCACCGUCCUGGGCUUGAUCGGAUUCAGCGGCCUAGCACUCUUCGUAACCGUCUACGCAACAGCCGAUAUGAUGGUGUAUAAUCGCAAGCGCCGGAACGAGUUUUUCGCUCUACAGAAGCAGCUUAAAACCGAUAGUCUAGAGACCGCACGUCUGGCGUAUAUGACGGGCACGGCAUCUGCCGAACAGGUUGCACUGGUAGAGGAAGCCGAGGAAAAAGCCAGACAGUCGGGUGUGAGCUUACCACCCCUGUUAUCGGCACCCAAGCCCAUCGUUUCAGAAGGAGACGCAGUUGAGAGCACAGAGAGAAGUGCUUGGCCGGGAGAGUCCAUGGUCGAGAGUAGCAUGUCCGCUGCAAGUGAAGUGGAGAAGCCCAAGAAGAAAGGCCUCACGGCGUGGCUGUUCAGCGGGCUGAAGAAGGAAGAGGGUAGCGAGGAGCUCUUACAAUUUGACAAAGAAACCGCCGCGGCGUCGGGUAUUACCAGCGCGAUUGGCGAGUCGCAACAGGCCCUGAAAGACAAGGCGAGAGCGGCAUUUAACCAGGAGCGGGAGAGCCAAAAGAAUGGGGGUCCUCUAGACCAACUCAGUUCGAGCGAAAAGUCUACAAGUAAUGAGAGUAAGAAGAGCAGGUGGUGGUAAAGCUGACAGAAACACCUACAAUGAUGUUCAAAAGGUAAAAUUCAGUGAAGUGAUAAGGGUGGUGGUAAAUGCUAUAUAAGCCCACCGGCUGCAACACUCCGUUGUAUAUAGGUACUCGACGCCGUUGAUACCAUCAGAUAUGGCAUGGGUUUGGCAAUACCUAUUGAUUACGAGAAGAUUGGUGUAUCAUUACCACAUGAAAAGGACAGAGAAUUAGACUGGGCUGGGCGUAUUGGAACGACAAAUGACUAUUCUACUGUAUAAUUCUUAGUUCACCACCCAAUCUAUCAUGUAACUUAACUUACCUGGUAAAUAAGGUAGGAUACCCUCUUCACCACCAGAAAGUGAAGUGUCCGAGUAAGCUUGUAAGUCCUAAGGCGAAAUGUUAUAUUUAGGGAUUAAACGAUAUAUAAACCCAUCUUUGACUGCCUAGGUAUGCGCUGAUCU